AUGUCAGUUGAAACAUUGUCUGGUAAAGUUUUCUUGUUGGUGACUGGUGCCAGUCAUGGCAUUGGCCGGCAAAUUGCAAUAACAUUUGGUUCUUUAUUGCAAGACGGUUCACAUAUUUUGUUAUUGGCGAGAAACUUAACUGCUUUACAAGAAGUAGCUAAGAAUAUACCAUCUAAAGUUAAAGUUGAUACUGUUAACAUAGAUCUAAGUAAAUCAUCUAAAGUUAUAUUAGAAGAAACUAUAUCAUGUUCGCUGAAGGAAACUACGCCAGAUUCAUUUGACCGAGUGGUUUUAGUACACAAUGUAGGCUUACUUGGUGAUUCGUCUAAAGUUGCAAACGAAUUGAUGGAUUUAAAUAUUUGGAAAGAAUAUUAUGAUUUGAAUGUUUUUAUUCCCAUCAUUCUAAAUGCAGUAGUUAUGAACAUGUUUAAUAAUACAAAUAUUAAGAAAAUGGUUAUCAAUAUAACAUCUAAAUAUGGUAUUCAAGCAGGCUAUGGUUGUGCCUAUUAUUGCUCAUCGAAAGCAGCACGAGAGAUGUUUUUCAAGGUUUUUGCUUUAGAAAAUCCUGAUGUUGAUGUAUUAUCUUACGCACCGGGACCUGUUGAAACAAAUAUGUUUUAUGAAAUGUGUGAAAAUUCAAUUGAUCUCAAUCUUAAAAAGUAUUUUAAAGAAUUAUUAACAACGAAAACUGUGUUAACUCCAGAACAAACGGUUAAUCAUCUUGUGCAAAUCUUACGAGAGCAUAAAUAUAAAUCAGCCGAUCAUGUGGAUUAUUACGAUAAAUUGUAAAUUUGUUUGAUAUUUAAUUUUUUAAUAAAUGACUAUUAUGC